AUGGUUGGCAUCGGGGGUGGCGUGCCUGGAAAACCGGACAUUCGACUUGGAGAUGUCGUCGUUGGAGAGAAAGUCAUACAACACGAUCUCGGAAAGAUUGUUGGCGACGAUGGUUUUGAAGGCACCGGAACCCCGUGUAUUACCCCCCAUGAUCAUCUCAAAGCCAUCACGAAACUUCGUGCGAUACACGAAGCAGAUGACAGCUCGAUUCCCAAGUACUUGCGACAAAUGCACCAACGCUAUCCAAAGCUGCAGGCGUAUCAGCGUCCCAAAUCCUGCGAGGAUCGCCUGUUCCUAGCCACUUACGAACACGGCCAAUCCCCAGACUGCAAUGGUUGUAGCCAGUCCGAGCUCUGUACUCGGCCACCGCGGAAGACCCUUAACCCGGAAGUACAUUACGGCUGCAUUGCUUCGGGAAACCAGGUUGUAAAGAACGGAAAGAAGCGAGACGAGAUAGCCAAGAGAUACAACGUCAUUUGUUUUGAAAUGGAAGCCGCUGGCCUCAUUGAUAACUUUCCCUGCAUAGUAAUUCGGGGCAUUUGCGACUAUGCCGACUCACACAAGAAUAAGGAGUGGCAACAAUACGCGGCAGCCACCGCUGCUGCUUGUGCCAAAGAACUUGUUUUCAACAUACCACCAAAGGACACCAAUCAGGGAUUUCUCAACUUGAAAGAGGCAUUUGAUGAAGACGCUGAGGCGGAGAACAACAAGAUCACGGCUUACCGGCGACUUAUCAUGGAAUCUAUAUACGUGGAAGAGACUGCGUCCCGAAUAUCAGCUAUCAAGACCGCUUACACCACGACUUGCGACUGGUUACUCAGCCAUCCUUCCUAUCAGCACUGGCUUAAUCCUGCUCAAACAACCCAACAUCGUGGGCUUUUCUGGAUCAGUGGAAAGCCUGGCGCCGGAAAGUCGACCAUAAUGAAAUUCGCUCUCAGUCAUGCAACUCGCAGCCUAAAGAAAACCGCCACCAUCAUCCACUUCUUUUUCAAUGCGCGCGGGGGCAGCUUAGAAAGGUCGACAGAUGGAUUAUAUCGAUCCCUUCUUCACCAAUUGCUCGAGCGGUUUCCCGACCUGGAAAGAGUGUUGGAUGGUUUACAGAACAAGCAACACCAAGUCAAUGCCUGCCCUCCUUCCCAUAUUCUUCGAGAUCUACUGAAGGAGGCUGUCUUGGGUCUAGCCAGUCGCCACUUGAUAUGUUUCGUUGAUGCACUUGACGAGUGCGACGAAGACGAAGUAGGAGAUAUGGUGAUCUUUUUCCAAGACCUUGGGGCAGAGGCUCACAAACGAGAGAUUCAGCUCAACGUGUGUUUCUCAAGUCGACACUAUCCCCGCAUCGAUGUCAGAUAUGGCGUCAGGCUCGUUCUGGAGCAUCAGCAUGGACACCACACCGACCUGCAAAAGUAUAUUAAGAAGUAUCUCUGGAAAGAUGCGGAGGCAUACGUCAGGGACAUUCGACGAACUAUAUUCAAAAAAUCAGGUGGCAUCUUCAUGUGGGUCGUCUUGGUAGUCUCUAUUCUCAACAAGGAAUUUAGGCGUGGUCGUUGGUUUGCCGUUGAAGACAGGCUCCGCGAGACACCUGCAGAGCUGAGUGAAAUCUUCAAGGAUCUCCUGAAACGCGAUCAAACCAACACAGACGAUCUCUUGCUUUGUGUCCAGUUACUACUCUGUGCAAAACGACCUCUCAAAUUGGAGGAGUUCUAUUUUGCGCUACAAACUAUGAGGCCUCGCCACCAGCAGAUCCCGCCGUUUCGAAGCCCUUCGCGGAUGGCAGAUCACAUGAAGGCAUUCAUAGAAAGUUCAUCCAAGGGCUUAGCCGAAGUCACGGAUACAGAACCGAGGAUUGUUCAAUUUAUUCAUGGGUCCGUGGGGGACUUCUUGCUCGAAAAUGCCGGACUUCAGCAGUUUUGGCCUGGUAUAGGUGGUGAUUUCGAGGCAAUGUGUCAUGAAACACUUAAAAAGUGCUGCCUAUCGAAAAUUGGAGAUUCAGUAGCAACAAGGUCGCCGCCAGAGGCCUGGGAGGAACCAGAAUUCGAGAUGAGAAAUUACGAGAAGACGCCCCUCAGCAAGAUUCCUUUUCUCGAGUACGCAACAGAGAACGUGCUCUAUCAUUCAAGCAUUGCGGUGAAAGAUAUCUGUCAGGAUGACUUCCUGGACCAGUUCCCUCUUCGAAUGUGGACGCGUCUUGGCCGUCUACUCAAGAUUCGCCCGAAAUGGAAAUAUCAACAAAGCGUCACACUCACAUAUGUUCUUGCGGAAAAUAAUCUCGUUACCCUACUGCAAAGGCACGUUUCUCGUUUCCCUCAUGUUCAUCCAAAAGGCGAGCAUUUUGGGUAUCCGCUGUUCGCGGCAUUGGCCAGAGGCCAUCAUGACGCAGCCAAGAUACUCCUUGGUGAGGCAGCAAAACCCUUCAGCCAUGCUGAGCUAUUUCCUACAGCCGAGUACAAAUGGACGCUCAAUUAUAGGAAAGCAUGUAACACAACGCCGCUUCAUUGGGCACUUGAGACGCGCCACAACAUAAUGGCCCGCCUGCUUAUCGACUCAGGCCAGUUCGAUCUUGCAGACCAAAAUUUGGAGGGUCGUUUGCCUAUUCAUUCCGCUGCGAUAGGUGGAGAUGAUGCCACUCUAAUCUAUCUGCUGGAGAAAACAGUUGCAUCAAUGAGGCAGGCGUUGGGCACGGCAAGCUGUACGUUGCCAAUGAUGGUAACCACCGACGCGAGGGAUAGGCCUGUUCUUUGCAGCCUGGUCGUAGUUCGUUCAGAAAGCAAGUCUGGGCAGCCGCCAUUAUCAUUCGCAGUAGAUAAGGGGCACGAGUCUAUGAUUCAAUUGCUUAUCAACUGGGGCGCUUCGAUCAACGAUGAGGAUGAAGAAACACUUUCGAGGCUUGCUUAUGUUGCUUUAAGGCUCGACUCUUUGGACAUGCCUCUUGUUCAGUUUCUUGUUGGCCGAGGUAUGUUCACCAAAAAGAAGCUCUUGGUCGAGGCUGUCAGGCAUGGCUUCCAAAACAUCGUGGAGCGUCUUGCGUACAACGAGGAACACAUUCAGAGUGCCAGCAUGGACGGGAGAACCCCUCUUGACACAGCGCUUCGCGGGAGGUACUGGACGACAAUUAAGACUCUCGUCCAGAAGGGGCACGUUACAGGACUCAGGAGUCGGUAUGGCCAUGACGCUCUGCACUACUUUACAUCGACCGGUGACUUUGACAUGGUCACUGUGCUGUUGGAUCGUGGAGUAGAGGUAAAUUGCAAAGACUCAUGUCGCGAGACGCUUAUUCAUAGGCUUGUCUCCAUUGGCGACAUGUAUUUCAUCCAACUCUUCAUUGAAAGCGGAGUAGACGUUGACAGCCAAGACCGAGUAGGUAGAACGCCCCUUCAUGAAGCAGUUUGCGAUGGCUGUGCGGAAUUGGUCAUGCUGCUCCUGUACUAUGGUGCAACAGUGAACUGCACGGAUGUAGAUGGGAGAACCCCCCUUCAUGACGCAGUUUCUUACGGCCAUGAGGAUAUGACACAGCUCUUGAUUGCAGAAGGAGCCAGAGCUUCCUUGCCGGACCGCUUUGGCCGGACAGCCCUUCAAAUGGCGAGCCAGCGGGAUUACACAAGCAUAGUUGAACUCCUGCGCCAGAAUGACAGCGAUCAGGCGACUGAUGAUGAGGAAGUGGAUAAUGAGGAAGUGGAAGACGAGGAAAUGGAAGACGCGGGAAUUGAAGACGCGGGAAUUGAAGACGAGGAAGAGGAGUACUUCACCGCCGUUGGUUGUAGGGAUUCUUCCGAAUCCCCAGAUGAGAGUAGAGAGAGUUGA